UAAAUUUGUCGGAAUGGGGACACGGAGGGAAGAAUCUGGUUAUUCCGGUUGCCAUCUCUCACUGCCUGUGAUUGGUCAGAGGUGAAUGCAGAUUCACCUACGUUGACCAAUCGCUUCAAAUAUAUUUCCGCGCCAAACCAAAUUGUAUCUCGAACUAUUGGUGAUACUGGUGCCUUUACUGACCUCUGUCCUAGUUAAACUAUUCCUGAACAGCCUCGAAGUUGUAUCUGCGGCCCGGCGACCAUCCGACAAGUGCAGCGCAGCCAAAGACUGUAGGUGGAUACGACAACGCGCCCUUUUUUUGGUCUCGGUUUCUCCCAACUCCUUGUAACAUCACCUGAGCAGAAGAUCGAACUUCAUCCAGUUUUCCGAGAUGAGGAAGAGGACGAGGAGGCUAGCUCUACCCCUACUGGUGGUUCUAGCCAUCUCCGUGUAUCUAAUGGGGACCGGCUCCAGGAAGGGCACACCUCCGGACAGUGGACACCGUGUCAUCGAAGAGUCCAUAGCCAUGCCAAACAUAGAGAUUGAGGAGGCCUUCCGCUCAGCAGCAGACAAAAACGCGCCACUUUACCAAUACGACAAGGAUACAGGAAAGUUGGAGCUCGUUGCGAAUCCCAGGCAUACUCGGGAUAUUUUAUCGACAGAGGAUGCCCUAGAACCAGAAGCGAUCUCCGACACGGCGGGGCAUGGCGAGGCAGAGGUGACUGGGGAAUUCCAGAAAGAAGACGUAUCGCUGUCUGAUGACGUCCAAAGGAUUCUCCGAGCUGCAGCAGCGAAGGAUGCUUCGCCGUACCACCAGCAAGAUCGCCGGGCCAUUGCUGCUCUUGCCGGAAACCUUUUGUCAAACUGGGACAAGUUCAAUGCCACAAAAUUGCAGCAAACCAUUAAGCUACUGGGUUCCAUGAAAAACAUGGCACCAGACAUCAUGGCAAGAAGCGUGGCAAAAGAGGCUGAGGUGUCAGGUGCUGUAGAAAAAAGUGUGGUCCAGCAAACAAUAGACGGCAUACUUGGAUCAGUGAUGAAGAGACAGGUGGGUGCUGCCCCAGCAAAAGGACCUGCAGGAGGAUCUGCACCCGGAUUCGGGGAUGAGAUAAAA